GUUCACUGGUUGGCUAGCAGUGCAAUGGUAAAAAAACGCAUUGAAGAUUUGCAGGAAACCAGUGAAAAACCCAAUUUAGGUCCGGUUUGCAACAUCAUGGCAGCCACCAGGAGAUUAGGAAAGGAAUUAAAUGACAUUAGAGCUUCAAAUCUAAAGAUUUUCCGAGAGAUACAAGUAGAUGAAACAAACAUCUUAAACUGGCAGGGCCUCAUAGUUCCCGAAAACCCACCUUACAACAGGGGGGCCUUCAAGAUUGAAAUCAACUUUCCGGCAGAGUAUCCCUUCAAGCCACCAAAAAUCACAUUUAAGACCAAAAUCUAUCAUCCGAACAUCGACGAGAAGGGUCAGAUCUGCCUACCCAUCAUCAGCCCGGAGAAUUGGAAGCCUGCUACCAAGACAGAUCAAGUAAUUCAGGCACUAGUGGCCCUCGUCCACGACCCCGAGCCGGAACACCCGCUGCGUGGCGACCUAGCAGAAGAGUACACAAAAGACAAGAAGAAGUUUCUCAAAAAUGCGGAAGAUCACACGAAGAAAUACUCGGAGAAACGUCCGGCGUCGUAGAUGAUGGUUUGACAAAAUGGCUGUCGGGGAACGUUUCGCUUCGGUGCAAAACGGGGCGGGGGAAAUACAUUGUGUAUAAAAAAAAAGUAGACACAGAUACGAUGAAAAAUUACUCUGGUGUGAGCGCAUUCCUUGUGUUCUUUUUUUAAUGGCAAGGAAUGGCUCAUGCUCUCUGUCAUACAGAGUUAAAGUAAAACAUUUUGUUGUGUAAUUUUUUUU